CUGCACCCCGGCUGCUCUGCCGUCCUACCGCGCCCCGCCGCACCGCAAACACCAACACCCGUCCGACCCCGGCCCCGGCCCCGCCUCUCACACACCCCAGGCCCUGCCCCGGCUGCAUGCCCUGGGGUCGUGUCCGCAGCUCCCUUCCCGCCCCGCUUUACGACAGCUGGAGGUGGCUUUGCGGCUUGUCCGGGUGCCGUACGGCGAGCGGGGAUCUCCGUGAACUCGUCCCGGCGAUCGCCAGUGCGCGGGGCCGGGGUGGUCAUGGUCGCUAUGCACUAAAAGCUAUGAAACAAAUGGAGCCACAAGUAAAACAAGCACUUCAGAACCUACCAAAACCUGACUUCAGUGGUUAUUACAGGGGUGGAUUUGAACCCAAAAUGACUAAACGAGAAGCAGCUUUAAUACUAGGAGUGAGCCCUACAGCAAACAGAAGUAAAAUCAGAGAAGCUCAUAGACGAAUAAUGCUUCUGAAUCAUCCAGAUAAAGGUGGCUCUCCAUAUGUAGCAGCCAAAAUCAAUGAAGCUAAAGAUUUAUUGGAAGACCAGGCUAAAAAAUGAGAAAAUCAGAGGGUUUGUCCAUGCAAAUAAUUAUUUUUGAUAAAUGGCUCAAGAAAAGUUAUCAUGUCAGUCUUUGACUUAAUAUAAAUGAAGCUGGAAAUAUGAAUUCAGGGAAGUACUUCCCUCCCCACUCAAGUCACUUUUUGGGGAAGUGUGUGAGUGUGACUUCGUUUUUUUUUCAUAGCUGUUCUUUAUUAAGCAGCAAAAUCUGCCACUCAGAACUUUUUUCAGUGUAAAAGAGUACUAAGUGGUUUGGUCAGUGCAUGUUACCAGACUUCCUUGCUGUUACCUAAUUUUUGUUAAAGUAGCUAUGUUUAAAGAUCAUGGUGCUGUUCUUCCAUAUGCCAAAGGCAGCACAAGGGACCGGUUUGGGGAGGGGGUGGAAAAAAACAAGAGGAUUAAUUUGAUGGGAAGGAUUGGACAGAUGUGGUUGCCUAUGGCUGAAGAAAUAAAGUAUAGGAAACUACACA